AUGCUGCAUUCCGGCAUCUGGUAUCACGUUGCAGGCGGUCUCAAUCUGCAAGUUUCGGAAGCUGCAUCUUCCACGCCCAUCAAACACACAAAUGGUGAUGUUGACGAUGGAGCCACGACAGAUCCACUCUCCUCGAACGCCAAAAUCAGCGAUUGUGGAGUCCUCGACUUUCUGUAUCCGGAGAAGACGCUUGAUCUACUCAGGAAUCUCUCCCUAAAAAGACACAAAAUCACGGAUACCAAACGACGGUCCCCACAGGCGAUCCGUCAUUUUGCUACACUUCGAGAACAAACAUUGUCUGAUGGAGGAAAUAUAAGCGUGGACGCCAUGGAACAGGCCCGUAAUGAGGCAAAAAGACUAGUCAGACGAUCUGAUGCUGUUGCGGAGCUAAAGGCACUGUUACGCUUGCCGAAGCCUGGAAAACAGGAACUGGCAUGGCAGUUGUAUACUUUGAUUCUUGAAGACCAAGCAGCGACGCAAGAUGAAUUACGUCGCCAUCUUCUAGAAUACCUUGCGCAAGAUGGCGGGCCAGUAUUGCCUGGUCGUGUGCUACAGGUUUUUUCCGAGCUUCCACCAGCCGCUCGCCAGCCGUCUUCGUACCGAGCGGCAAUGUCAGCGUACAUCGCGCUCGGAAUGAUUGGCCCAGCCAUCAAGUCGCUUGAGGACAUCGACCCCUCCAUGGAUUUUAACAUGAUACGUGUCGGCAUAGAUGUCAUUCUUAGGCGAACAGUGUCUGACGAGCAGUGGGAUCUUACCUUUCGUGUUUUCAGGACGUUCCGACGACGAACCCUGCGGGUGCGUGGGAAACCUCUAUAUCUGGCGAUUCUUCACGGACAAACGCUUCCAGAAAUCUGGUGCGGCGUAGCUGAAUUGCCGGAACUACUAGAGCAUCUUCAAUCUUUUUUCAGGCAUGUCCGGGAAUUCCACCAUGAACUCACGGCAUCUCCAGAGCUGGAAAGAGACUUGGCCUGCAUUGUCAUGACUUUCGUUCCUCACGUAAUGGAUCGGGUUCUGAACACAACAAACCCAGACGAAAAUUUCAUUUGGAACUUCUUCAUCAGGUUGUUUGACGAUCUUCAUUCACUGAAUCUCCCCACCUCGGCCUGCUAUGAGUAUGCCAUCAAACGAAUGGUCGAGCUGCCUCGGUAUCAAAAAUAUACUAACCAGAGGAAGAUUUGGCUCGAGUUGUACAGAAGGUAUCGAGGUCAUUAUGUAGAUACUCCCAACGCCACUUCUGAACUGAGACCUUCACAAAACUUGAUCAGAAAUCUGAUUUACCAGCACAGCUUGAUGGGCGGGUGGCAGCGUAUUGAGGAUCAUAUCCAAGAUUUGCGCACAUUUUACCCUGGGCGGCCACUACAACCCGGAUUGCUCAAACACCUAAUCCAAGCAUACGCGACCGCUGGAAAUGCAGAGAAGGUGCAUGAAUGCAUUGAGGAGCUUCAGACAAACUACAAGGAUGAAGUUAAACUCAAGGUUCUGUCUGCGCUUCCAUAUGUCUAUGCUCGACGGGCAGAUGUCGAAGGGACGAUAACACAGUUCAAUCGCAUACAUACUGAGCACAACAUGAUCCCAGAUAUCACAUGCUGGAACAUUUUGCUGCUUGCGUACGUUCGUGCAGACGACCUUGAUGGCGCUCUGGAUUGCUUCAACAACUGCAUCAACUGCGGCUUAGUACCCGAUGUGAAAACAUUCGGGCCUCUACUCGACUUUUGCGCGCACAGAGGCGAUGUCGAGGCUUUCGAGACAUUGUUCUCACGCGCAAAACAAAUGGGAGUGCAACUCGGCUCGGAUGUGCGCGCAAGAUCAGGCUACGUACAGGCGUUCUUGAAUGCAGGUGACCCGGAAGGAGCUAACGCCAUUGCUCGAGGCAUGCUCGCAAGCUGGAAUGCAGGAACCCUUCAUGGCCAUCCUCUCACCCACACAUGGAAUCUAUUGAUCCAGCAGUACGCCCUCAACCGCGACCUUUCAGGGAGCAGACAGCGCUAUAAAGAGAUGGUCGACAACAACAUCCCUCUGGAUAGCUGGACAUAUGGCGGCUUGAUGCGAGCACUGAUAGAAGUGAAGCAGACGAACGCGGCUUACAAGAUUUUGAGGGUUACAAUGCCGGAACAAGGGAUGCGAGUCCAUGCACUUCAUUACGCAAUUGUUAUGACCGGCUUCCUGCGAGAAGGUCAGGUUGAACAGGCGAUUGAGGCUUACGAUAGAAUGAUGCAGCGCAAAGUUCCUCAAACUGAGAGCUCCCACGCAGCCUCAAUACGUGCACUAGGUGCAGCUGAUCUUCAAAAGCUGGAAAAAAGGGGCGCCAAACAUCCAAACUACCGGCUGCUUGCGGUAGAAGAAGCUCUUGAGAAAAUGCUUGCCUCGAGCAUGAACGAGGAUAUUGCUCAUCGGCAGCCUACACACGAGCGAUUGAUCGAUUCCCGCAACUAUGGCGCUAUUCCGCAGUCAUAUUUUGGUCUGAUGAUUGGCCUCUACAACUCUCGGUCAGCAUACAAGAUUUGCAGGAAGCUUUUUGAGCGGGCUCAUGAAUCAGCCCCAAGUUACGAGGGCUACACUCAACCUCUUACACUUAUCACAGCAAUGAUGGAAACACAUCUUAAAGCAGGCAACCAUGAAGAAUUAGCCAAGCUUUGGAAGUUGGCUCGCUUUUCAGCAAGCAAGCUCACAAAGACAUUUAGUCAAGCUGCGCAGCAACCGGUCAUAACCCCCGAGGAUGGCUCUCUGCUCGACCCUUCAGUCCAUCGCCGUUACCAAGAGUCUAACAUUGCCAACAAUCGUCGCCAAAUACUUGUCAAUCCGGCUCGCAUCUUUCUUCGUAGCCUAAUGGCACAGACAGACAGCAACGCCAUGCAAGAAGCACAACGUACCAUCAUCGACCUCCUUGUCAGCGGCUUCACAGUCGAUGGUUUUACCUGGAACGAGUUUGUCCAGCAGCUCACUCUUCGCAACCAGCUUGCCGAUGCAUUUGCCAUAUGUGAAGAAUUCCUCAUGCCUCGUUUCCCUGGCUGGCGUGACCUUUAUCCUGGCUAUCAACGUAAAAACCUUGAGGGCUACCAGUGGAUGGAAAUCCGCUCCUACGAUCUCAAGAAGAACAUCGUAUUGCCCCGGUACAAGACGCUGGUCUUGCUCGCAAGGGCGUAUGGCCAAACGAGGCGCGAAGAGAGCAAUGGUAUUGGAUAUGAUGUUGAGGCACAAGCUUGGCUGCGAGAAAUUCUGGAGCAGCGUGCGCCGAUGACGAUCAGGGCUAUCGAGACCAUGCCUAGGACGUAUGAUCGUUUGCAGGAGAGGUACUUUGGCAAUGUUCUGUAG